GAGUGUGUGUCUUUCUGGUUCUGGGUGGCAGACGUAAUGAGGCUGGGAGUUGGAAGUUGUUCCUUAAAAAAAGGAAGGUUGGAUAAAGCAGCUGAGGCAUUUGACACCUAUGUUGUUUUGAAAGUUCAAGACUUGAAAGGCACUACAGUAGACAGAAGGGGAAGUGAACCUUGCUGGGAACAGGACUUCAUGUUUGAAAUUGGUGCUGACGAAAAGGGCUUCACUGUAGAACUGUGGAAGAAAGGCUUGCUCUGGGAUAGCAUUUUAGGAGUUCUAUGGAUUCCUCUUUCAUCUGUGGAACAUGCAACAGAUGAAGGUCCAGGUGCCUGGUGGACACUGCAUUCCAAAGUAGUAAAAAAUGGAACUGAGAUUCAAGGCACAAGAAUGCCAACUUCACACGAGCUCUUAUUGGAUGUCUACUUUGCAAUACCAUUUGAUAUACAUGAAGAUUUAGAUUACAGAGGCUGCAGCAGGGGGAUGCUCCUUCAAGAAACAGAAUGUUCACAGAAAGAUGCAUAUGAUGGUCUGUUAUCCCCAGAAAGUGGUCUCAGCAAGCAAGAAAACAAGAUAAGUUCUUCAGACUUCCAUGCGUACAGUGUUUAUGGCAGUUGACUCUGGAUGUGGCCGGCUAAUUAAGUGUAACUGAUCAACUUUUUCUGCUAGUCAUUAACUAAAUAUAUUUGUCUGUGUAGAGUAACCAUAUAAGAAAUCAAUUGUUUCAUUCUGUAUGUGUUAUUAGUAUCCAUUGCUCGGUGCUUGUGAGAAUAUGGAUAUCAUGGUUAAUUAUUUUUCUGCCAUUGAGAUACAAAGGCAAUGUUGUACAUGGCUAGAAAUGUAUAUAGUUUUUACACCAGAAUGACUGGAAAACAUAUAAUUUAAAAAUACAAACUCUGGAGAAUGUCACAGUGAGUGAGCUUUUCAUGUGAUUGUAUGCUGAUACUUCAGGGAAGAUACACGUGUAAAUAUCUGAGUUACUCUUCAAUACAAUUAUACUUUUUAUGUACUUAAGGAACAUAUAAAUCUAUUACAUUACCAGUAUGUUGUGACAUUGCUGCCUUGUGGGGAAUUAGUACUGUAUAUAAUUGAAUUUUAUAUAAUUAUUUUUAUAUAAUAUAUAUUAAAAAUAAACAAGUAUUUUAUAUAAUUGAAUUGAUAAUUGAAUUAAGUAUGUACCAUAUUGAAAGAUUAAGUUCAUAAAUCUUUACAUGAAAACUAAGUUCUAUGUACAGUCAAGGUUUACUGGGAUAAGCUCUGCAAUGCUGAGAUCCUUGCAACCUGAAACACAUGAAGCUAAAAACAGCACAGGAGAUGUUUGUGCUCAGUUCCUGAUGUUUCUUCUGAAGACAUUUCAUUUAACUGAUGCUCAAGGAUGGAAGUACUCUUUAUAAUUGAAAUUAAUCCAUAACACAGAAUAAUCAGAAUAAAAGUAUGCUUCUUAAACUGUACAACUAUGAUUUGAAACAGAAGAACUAUAAAGAAAAAUUGUACUGAAAAAUUACUGAGCAAUAAAUAGGCUUCUAUAUCCUACUUACAAGAGAACUUAGUUAUUCAGCUUUUGAACAUGUUGAAAAUUCAGUAUUUUAAAAAUACCACUCUAAUGUGUUAGACAGUGUUGUGCUGUGGUCAACAGCUAAUCAGUUAAACAAAAGUACAGUGCAAUUAUCUGCUAAUCACAAACUAAAACAAAGGGCGUCACACUGACAAAGUGUGUCCAAACCAGCCAAAAUUAAGCAAAAGUCUAAAGCAUUAGAGUAAUACAGAUCAAUAUAUUAAAAAUAUUUAACAUGUUCUAAUACUUGUUUUCUAUGCAAAUGUACAAGUCAAUCAUAUGACAAGAAAAUGACCUGCUGGUUUACAUCUAAAAUUUAAAAAAACUGUUCUUUAGGUUAAUUAUUCCAUCCACAUAGACAUCUGGGUAGAUGUUAUGCAUCCUUGUAUUGAUGCUGGAAAUAAAUGAUGUGCAUA